GCCGGAGGCAGGGCGGGUGGGCGGCUGCUGUUCGUCUGUGCGCUGACAUGGACGUGAGGCGCGGUGGCUGCGCCCUCGGCUUCCGCCGCCUCGACCUUCGAAAGAGCGGCGGGACGUCUCUCGGAGAAUAGCACGAAAGGCUGCUGUUGUCUCAGGAGGGGAGAGCCGAGUGGGCGACUCAUCGCAAAGCCCCGUCCCCGCGGAUCUGCACCGCACCCGAGCGGCAGUGGCGACCCUCCCUGGAAAGGGCAGGAGGUAGGGCGAGAAGGAUGCAGUUUUGAUAUGGUUUUUCACUGAAACUUCUACCAAAGGCCUGGUGACCAAGCCAGGGCAGAUUGCUAAAACUUCAAGAUGAGUAAAUCUCGGAUUUUCCAGUUCUGUGGCAUUAUGGCGUGUGUGUUUAUGAUUCUGCUGAUCAUAUUUUAUUGGGAUGAUAUUGGAACAGCUCACUUCUAUUUGCAUACUGCUUUCAUACAAAUUCGGGCCACACAUCUUCCACCCAUGAAACACCAAAACUAUGACCAUUCAAAUUACAAAAAGAUUGCAGGAGAGAGAAUAACCAGCUCCAAGGCCGCUAUUCUUGAUAAUCUCGAGUUAACAUAUUUGGAAAAUACAAAAGGAUACCAAGAGACAGAAAACAAAAAAGUAAGCCAACUUUUCAGUGAAGUAUCUCAGCUUGACUUUGAGGAGAAAGUGGAAAGCUUUGAGUUGGGAAUCAAUUCCAGGAAAACAAUCAAUGAAUUACAACGGAUACAGAAAGAGAGGAAACAAAAAAUUGAAGAUGCUUGUACAGACUCUAGUGUUAUGUUUUCAGGAAAAAAUAGGAAAUUUGAAGAUAUUCCAAAUAAAGAAUUGGAUCAUCUAAUUGUGGAUGACCGUCAUGGGAUUAUUUAUUGUUACGUACCAAAGGUAGCAUGCACCAAUUGGAAACGGAUCAUGAUUCUAUUAAGUCAAAGUCUUUUAAAUCAAGGUAUUCCAUAUCGUGACCCACUUGAAAUCCCCAGGGACCUUGUACACAACUCAAGCAGCCAUUCGACAUUUAGCAAGUUCUUUAAACGAUAUGGAAGCUUCUCAAAACAGUUGAUGAAACUCAGACUGAAGAAGUAUACCAAGUUUCUCUUUGUACGGGAUCCUUUUGUAAGAUUAAUUUCUGCAUUUCGCAGCAAAUUUGCUGCUCAGAAUAAUGAUUUUUAUAGGCGAUUUGCAAGGCCAAUGCUCCGACUAUAUGCUAACUAUUCUAACCCUCCGCAAACUGUCGAUGAAGCUUUCUCUGCAGGAAUCAAGCUCACCUUUACUAACUUCAUUCAGUAUUUGUUGGAUCCUCGGACUGAGAAGGAGGUGCCUUUUAAUGAACAUUGGCGUCAGGUAUAUAGACUGUGUCACCCAUGUCAAAUAAAUUAUGAUUUUAUUGGAAAAUUAGAGAGUUUGGAUGAGGAUGCCACUUAUUUACUCAAGUUGCUGAAGGUUGACAAGCUUGUUCAAUUUCCAUCCAGUUCACGGAAUCAGACAGUUGCUAGUUGGGAGCAUGAAUGGUUUGCAAAAAUUCCAGUGGCAUGGAGGAGAAAACUAUAUGAAAUUUACAAUCCUGACUUUGUUAUCUUUGGUUAUCCCAAACCAACAAAUUUAUUACUUGACUAAUCUCAAAGAUGCACUAAUUGCCUUAAGUAAGAUAAGUACUCAUGUAGUUAAUGCCUCAUGUAACUCCUUGACUGACCUCUUCAUGCCAAAAACAAAUUGAAAUUUUGGAGAUUAUGCACUCAUAGCAUACUGAUUGUUACAUUUCUCCACCUUGUCCCAUAUAUUUUAUUUGCCGCUAUCCUUAUCAAUAGAUAGUUGUAAAAUCAGUCUGAUAGUCUUGGAGUUGUAUUCUGCAUCUGCUAAACUGCCAUAAUGUGGAGUGAAAACAAUUGGUAUUUAACAUGAUCCUUGCUGUGACAGUAAGAUCCUUAUUGUUGUUUUGAGGUGUUUGAUAUUAAUAACCCCUUAGCAAUUGUCAAAAUCUUUUGAGUGCUUCUUGGAUUUAGGUUGUUAGAAUCAUUAUUAGGAAAAUACUAAGAAUAGUGUGGCUUUAUCAAUGUCUGUUUAUUGUAUUUUUGAUUCUGUUUUAAGCUUCCUCCCAUAGUAUAGAGACUUAAAAUAAGUUUUACCCAAAACAUUUGCUUAACCUGCUUUGUACUUGCUCCUUUCCUGAUGUCCUGCAUAAAAUACUUUGACAUUUAUGUUCCUCUUAAAUUAAGGCCUAAUACUGCACAUCUUUUAAUGUUCUUAAUAUAGUUGCUACAAUUUGAAAGUGAUUACUUAUGGAAAAAAUGAGAUAAUUACUUAAUAUCUUUCAGAACAUACAGUGCAAUAUUGGGUUAAUACCAAAUUUAACCAUACUUAUUGCAAGUAGUUAUUUAAUUUCUGCUAAAUUAAAUGGGUACAAACAAUGCUAUUUGUAGCUAUUGUGCUUGGAAACAUUAAGUCAAAAUUAUGUGCCUUGUAUUUUCUCACAGCAGUAAAUACAUCUUGCACAUGGUGGUGUUAAAUUUCAGUAAGUUGAACUACUGAUCCUAGUCCAUAAGGACAUAGAAAUGUGUUAAUAUAUUGUCUAAUGGAAAUUAUUCAAUUAUGGGACAAGCAAAUAGACUUGAUCAGGUUAAGGGCUUCUUUGCACACACGUUGUUUGUACAGUUACAGCAGGAAUAAAAGUUAGGAAAAUAUUUUUUGUCCUAAUUUGGAAGCUAUCUUGAGCAAGGAUAGUUUUAGCCUUUAUGGAAAUCCUGAUAAUAUGAAGCUGUGUUCCAUUCUUAUUAGUUAUAUAAUUUUGAUAUUGUGAAGAAUGACUUGUCUUUUGAAGUAGACUAGAUAUCAAGAAAAUAUCAAAAGAUAUCAAGAGAAACUUAAGCAUUUAAAAGGGGGGGGGAGUUCAAAGUGAACAGGGGCCUUUGAAAGACUAAGGCUAGGAAUAUAGUGUUGGAAUAAGCAAAUGGCAGAGGAGUUACGUAGUAGCAGCACAUACUAGUAGUACUGGGAAAGAAAUUAAAUCCCUUCACAAUUAGAGCAUUGAUAUCAGGCAAACUAAUGGGUCAAAAAAUUAAGCUCUCUGUAUCUGGUUAUUUGCAUCUUGGGAUCCUAUAAGAAAUGGUUUUUCAAAAAUAAAACUUGGAUUCCAGAGAAGUAUGAGAGGAUUGAAAAACUAUCAAUGUGAUACCCUUAUUGAAUAAUGAUAAUAGGCAUAAAAUAGUUAUCAAUGAGUCUAACGAUUAUAGUAAAAAUGCUAAAAGUGUUCAUUAAGAUAUCAGCUGUACAGUUGGCAAGUUGUAAAUAGAUUUGACAUAGGUUAUGAAAUGGAAAUAAUGUAUGACUUUUAUCAGAAUUCUUUGAGGAAAUAGCGUCAAUAUGGCAGAGCUUGUAGAUUUAAAAUAUUUAGGUUUCCAAAAUGUGUUUACAAAUUGUGACUGGAGAUCUCUUUGAAAGCUGAGGGCUCAUGGACGCAAUUUAUAGCGUGGAUUAAAAGUUGAAAAUGUUGGAAAAGCAAGCUUAACAGCAUCUGUGGGAAAGGGAAACAUGUAAUGUCUCAGGAUUAGAACACUGUCAGAACUGGGGAAAGAGAAGUGUAGGUUGGUUUUCAGUAGCAGAGAAGGUGGAAGAGGAUGAGCAGAACAAAGGGGAUAUCUGGAAGGGUGAGGCCAAGUGAACUGAGCACAGCUAAGGCAGCACUUAUAAAGCUGUGCUCCUGUUCUAUGUAACACAUUACUAAUGAGGCCAUUGGAUAUGCCACAGAUAAAACUAUAUCGGUUGAAAACAAUGAUGAUGGGUAGAAACAGCCAGUUCUCAAAAAGGAAGGAUGAGUAAGGUAUCUAAACCUGGAGAAUUUGGUAUUAACUUCAGAGGGUUCAGUGUACCCAGAGAAAAACAAAGUGUUAAUCUUCAAGCAACACACACAAAAUGCUGGAGGAACUCAGAAGGCUAGGUAGUAUCUAUAUAAAGGAGUACAGUCGAUGUUUCAGGCCAAGACCCUUAAUCAGGACUGAGAAAUCCCAUUGGAAAAGGAGGUCUGCCAUGUUUUUCACACACAAACCAGCUUAAGAACAUUUGCAAUGUGUUGAAAUUGUCUGUCACACAAUUCUGACUUUGAGGUUUAAAUUAUGGGCUCUUGAAAUUGAAAAUACAAGUAUAAAAUGAGAGGAUGUUUACAGAUUACUUUUCUGCAUGUUUAAUAGGGUGGUGAGGAAGAGAGUUAUGCUUUGUACAGAAACAAAGCACGAAGGCUUGUAUAUCUGUUGCUUCAGAACUGCAAUAAUCUUCUCCCUUGAAGUACAGUUUGUCCCUGAGUUACGAACGUCUUGAUUUACGGACAACUCGUACUUACAAACUAAGGAAGGAGAACACCGUCCACCAUUUUAAGUCGUUGCUGUUGUCACUGUGUUGAGUGUGUAACUUUGUAUUUGGCUUAAAUUUUUCUUCGUAAGGUUCAACCUGACCCAGCACCCCCCCCCAGCCGUUCUGGUCGGCUGGUGGCGCAGUGAGAUCAGCGCCGGGCUGGAGAACGGAGGUUCCUGAGUUCGAUCCAGUGACUCCUGUGCCAGGUUGAUGUUGAGCUCGCAACUCAACCUCGUAAAAAAAAAACUGCCACCUCCAGUUUAAAUUCCCACAUGGAAUAUUGUGGAGGAUCAAAUACCCAAACCGAGCACAGUCCCCUCUUGUCCCAUUUAAUCUGUCUCAGUGUGAUGGACUUUAGGACCCGGGGGUUUCAGUGCGGUGGACCUUGCUGCCCACAAUGUUUCUGUUCUGUUGACGGGAAGUGAUUGCGUUUGAAAAUAAAGUGGAAAUAAUAAAGCAAUCGGAAAGAGGUGAAACACCAAUGGUCAUUAGAAAAGCAUUAGGCUACAGUCCGUCAAUGAUCUUGAACAAUUUUAAAGUAUAAAGUGAGAAUAAUAGAACAUGUGAAAGGCCCUGCCCCGAUGAAAGCUGCAAUUAUUACUAAGCAACGCAGUGGUUUAAUUAUUGGAAUACAUACGUUUCUUAAGUGUUUUAUAUGCAUAGAAAGGUAAAAUAUAUACUAAGACAAACAUUUGACUAAGUGAUGCGAAAUAAUACUGGAUGUACUUGUUCCGACUUGCAUGCAAAUCCGACUUAAAGGUGGACUCAGGAACGGAACUCGUUUGUAACCCAGGGACUGCCUGUAUUCUUGAAAUUUAAAAAUGCCUCCACUCAAGACUAUUUUGGUGAGAGUCACCAAUCAUGUCAUGCUUUACACUUUCAAUUAGUUAAUGAGUUUGAGGUGUGAAAUUAAAUAUUGGAAGUAUGAUGUUAAUUUGCUAUAUUUUGACCUAUUGAAUUCCCUAUAAUACCAACUGUGCAUGUGAUGCUUAUGUACUAUUUGCCAAAGUGGUAUGCAAGUGCAACAAAUGUUUUUCAUACUCCUUUUCCUGUCUGCCCUUUCCCUCUUCACAUUGUAAUGAUAUCUUUGUAUCCAGACAAACUCCAAUGAAAGCAUAAAAUAAAAUUUAACAUGGUAAGCUUAGCAUAAUUGAAGGCAAUGGGAUCAAAGGGGUAGUGCCUGUUAGAUUAUGAUGUUGGCUGAGAGACAGAUUGCUCUAUCGCCAAGAGUUGGUAUUGGGUAUUUUUGACUUUUACAAAAUCUAGGAGAUUAAAUUUAAAUGUGGAGAACAAUUGUGCUUUAUUACAAUAAGAAUAUGCAGAGAGAAUAUGCACUCAAUUGGCCAAGUUCAAUCUAUCAAAACCAUUGGAAAAUCUGUACGUGCCUUCAAAUUUCCCAUUAACCAUUUGAUCUGAAAAGAAUUUUCUUGGCUUUUCCAUACAACUAAAAUCUCACAUCCUUUAUUGUAUAUCUCUGCUGCACCCACUCUAAGCCCACAGCAACCUUCCAAUGAGCAAGGGAAUGGAGCAGGCAAGAUGGUAACAUUGUAAAAUUUAGUACCUGUAUUCCUGAUACUGUGCUUUUUAAAACCCUGAUUUUUUGAAUUUUCACUACUUUUUAUAGGUAUGUUUUAUAUUUUUGUAUGGUUGCUAAAUUGAACAUGUUUUCCUGUACUUGUAAAAUUAUUUGGGUGAUAAAAUACAUAUGGUCUAAACCAUAUAAUUGAGUUACUUCAUCUAAUUUAGAUUUUUUUAAUGCGGGGCCGUUAUAUCUUGCAAAAAAGAGAACUUAGAAGCAGCUUUAGAUUUAUGGAUGUGAUUGAGGAUUUGUCUAAAAACAAAUUAUUAAUUGUUAUUCUACAUAUCUAAUUCUUGCUCUAGCCUGUUCAUGGAAAUAUUCCAGUAUUAGAAUAAGUAUACUUUUACAACCAAAAGUAACUGUUUUUAGAAUUUCCAGAUAUUUCAUAAUUAUGAUUAAUGGUUUCUAACUAAUUAUCCUAGUAACUCCCAAAUCAUUGUACUUGUAGCAUUCCAUAAACAAGAGCAAAAAUCUGAUUUAACUUUUGUUUUGUGUAUUAAUGUAAACUUAUGCUUCAGUUACUUGUUAAUGUUGAUAUUAUUUGAUUUGCGAUGUCAUUCAGAGACCAGAUGUGAUUUUUAACUAACAAAAGCAUGAGAAUUUGUGCACUUUGCAGAUGAGAAGGUGCGUUUCAAGUGCCUGGUCAUUGUGUUACUUGUAUGUACAGUCACAACUCUUUUCUCCAUUUGAUGUGAAGUUCCAUUGAGGUUUAAAAACAUACUUUUAAAUGAAGGGAAUUCUUGGAUUUUUGUGUAAAUUGAACUUUUUAAAGUAUAUUUUGAUAAUGACAGAUUUUGUAAAGUUGCAUUUUUGAACUUUGUUUUCUUUAAAAUGUUCAAUAUGUUAUUUAUUCUAUUCAGGUCUCUAAAUUUAUGGUCAUAUCCAGGUGAAUGACCACAUGAACUGGGAACAUGUAAAAUGGAACUUUGAGAGGAAAUGUAACAAAAAUGUCUACAACUCUUUUUAAAACUGCUAUUUAUAAAAUUUUAUACUUUUAAUGGAAUAGAUCAUGUAUUGCCUAUUAGUUUCUUUUGGUUUUAUUUCAAAGAUGAACAACAGCAGUUUUUGCUAUCUUUUGGUUUUGCAUUUCUAUAGAAGUGGGCAAAGAGUGAAAAUAUGUGCUGUUCAGUUUAGAUAUUUUUGUAAAGUUGUUGCUUUUCUUGUAAAUGUGCAAUAAAACCUCAGGCUUAAUUAUGUACAAUA